AUGUGUACAGAAAAAAUUAAGGCGGAUUAUCGUCUUAAAAAAAAUCCUGAAAACCUGGAUGUUAAACAUGAACUUAAAAUGGAACUUGAUACAUUUUCAAAUGUGUCAACGAGUUCAACACUUAAAUCACGUCAACUACAGUACUCGCCAAUUCUACAAACUGUAAAUGAUAUACGCUCGAGGCACAACCACUGCGAAGAAGUACCACAAAGUCUUGUCCAGAAUGAAGCGAAAAACAAUGAGAGGGAUGUCAACGAGCAAAAUCGAUUAAAAACCUAUAUAAAAACAUAUUUUUUCAUACUUGGAUUAAUGAUGCUGUUUAUAACUUCGAUGUCAUUCAUUUGGCACCAAUACCAAACCUCUGAAGAUUCUGUAAAUUCUCCGACGAAUGCCGAGACGCUUUGUGAAGCUUUCGACAGACUCCAAUGCGAGAACGGCGGUUACCCCAUGAUCGAAGCAGACCAUUUUGUAUGCAAAUGUGCAAGCAAUUAUUAUGGUGAACGAUGUACAUACGAGAUACGUUCUCCAAACAAUUUUCAAUUCCUCUACAAUUUGUUUGAUACCAUCGACGAGGACCAUCGCAGAGGAGUUCCUAAAAUGUGGUGGUCAUUUUUGCCCUUCACUUCGAAUCUCCAACAGAGAACUGUCGUCUCAUUUUAUCAAGAUCAACUGGAGCGGAUAAAACACACGUCCGUUUCGGACGACAGCGAAAAUGACAACAUUGGAAGUUUAGACAGCAACACGAUGGCCAGCACGAGAGUUUUACCUCCCAGUCAUCCAUUGCAUUGUCCGGCUAACAAUAAAUUGCCGUCAUUGGAUAUGGUCUAUAAUGAAAUAUUCCAAAGGAAACCUGACGGAUUUAUACCGGAUCCGAAACAUCGAAAUUUACUCUUCUACGCCUUUUAUCAGUAUUUCAUGCUUCAAUUUUUCAAUACAGAUUUCAGUUCAAUGGUGACGGGCUCUCAACUCUACGGGGUUGACGAGACAACACAGAGACAUUUGAGAUUGUUGUCUAAUGGAAAAUUGAAGACCGAGUAUUCGAACAAUGAAUAUUAUCCACCGCGGAUUUCAUUUGCCAAAAAGAUCAGCUUAGCGUUUUUGCAGAUGGAGCCUGAGGGUAAAACUCAUUGGUUUCAAAGGGUGAACAAGGACGAGACGAAUCAACUUCAAAAUCAACUAUGGAACAUUUUCUCAAGUAUUUAUGAAACACAAAAUCACCAGUGGACCUUGGGACAUCCAAUGUUGAACAUGAAUCCUAUGCUUUUUAUUAUGUCGACACUUUGGAUCCGUGAACACAAUCGUGUUUGUGAUGAGCUGAUAAAGCAGUGGCCGGAAUGGACGGAUGAACAAGUGUACAGUGCUUCAAAGAGGAUAGUCAUCGGUGAAAUGAUGGGUAUAAUGAUGAACGAUAUUUUAAACGCUGGUAACUCGUUUUCAAUGAAACACGAUCCAGAAAUUUUUCACGGUCAUAUUAAAUACAUCAAAACAUUUAAUACGCCGUACGAAUUACUAUUGACAACGAUUUUGCCAUCCGGCUUGCCUGAAGAGUUCAAUAACACGAAUAUGUAUUCGUGGAUGUUAAACAACAACAAACAAGUGAUAGAAAGUGGUAUAAGUGACAUGGUUAAGCUAAUGAUCGACCAAAAAAUGGGCAUGACAACUUGUAAUAAUAACGGUGCUGCAACAGAGUCGCUGACGAAAUUGUUAAUGAAACUUUCGAGGGAAAACGCAGUGCAAAGUUUUAAUAGGUAUCGAAGAUACCUCGGACUGGACGCUUAUAAAAGCUUUUACGAGCUGACUGGAAAUAAGGAAACUGCUAAGAAACUGGAAUCGUUAUACGAGAAUGUAGAUAGUGUAGAACUGUUGACUGGAAUGCUGGCGGAAAAAAUAAGCGACAAAGCCGUUCCUACGUUUACAGUGUUGACCAAUAGCUUUAUUGUAAAUUCUAUUUUGACAAAUCCUCUUUACAGUGAAACUCUAUGGAAUACCGAAACGUUUGAUGGGGAUUAUGGUUUUUCCAUAGUUAAAUCUGCAAACAUCAAGACGUUUAUCU